UUUUUGAAAGAUAGGUCCCAUGGAGGCAAAUGGAAGUGGCGUCACUGGGACACUCUAUAGGAGCAAAAAGAUUUGUAUGUGUGCACGUCGAGCGAAUCGAUCGAGAAAACAAGGCGGCCAGAUCUGGAUCCUGGAUCGCGCUCAGACUACCAUUGCCUGCUCAUAAGAGUACUGCCGACAUGCAUUGCAGAGGAAGACACAUGCCUAUUGUCAUUUUACUGAUGAUCCUGCCUCACUCUGCUUGUCAGUCUGGGCCUCCUGGACCACGUGGACCUGCUGGACUUCCUGGAUUUCCUGGACCACGUGGACCUUCUGGACCAUCUGGAGCUCCUGGAAUGCAUGGAAAGGAUGGACCAAUCGGACCUCCUGGAAUGACUGGACCACAUGGAUAUCCUGGAGCACCUGGAGCAGAUGGACCUCCUGGUGUACCUUGUUCUGUAGAUCAAACUGGCAUUGAUUGCCACGGGAGGGUGUGUUCUUGCAAUUCUGGAUGGUGUUAUCCUGGCUGCCGUUGUUUUGUUCAUAAUGAGGAAUAUGGGAAAUGCAGCAGCCAGAGACUCAGGAGCAAAGAGGCCUGACGUGGACCCUCCUGAUGAUACAUACACAGCUCUGAAUCCCAGGAUAACAACAUCUGAUUAUGAAAAUAUUGAUCAUUUUAGGAAUUUACCCAGUGCCCCUGGCCGAAGACCUAGAUGAAACGUGCGCCUCUGCAAACUCCAGCUCAUGUUGAACCAACUCCAUACUCCUCCAGAUAGCAACCGACAGGGGACAGUGUUUUAAAAACACAG